AUUUUUCCCUUGACGUCAAAAGGUGUUUAUCAUAAACUGAAAGUGAGGUGUGACGAAAAGAAAAUUCGUUGUCUCUAAAAGAUUAAAUUUAUUAUUUCAAGAUGAUAGGCCUGACCUAAUGUUUUGUAAGGAAGCUGUGUUUAAAACUCAAAGACUUCAAAAUGAGUGCCUUUUCUUCUGGUUUUGAAGAUGCUAUAGGUGACAAAUAGUACUGAUACCAACUUAGCAUCUAAGACUUGUGGAAUACUUUUCUGAAUAGUCAAGGUUUACGGCAUGUAAAUAACUGUUUUAAACAAGCAUCAAUACAGUUCUAUCACAUUAUUUAAGUGCCUUAUUUCCUAUUGAUUAUUUGGUGAAAUUUAUUUUCAAUUUCAAACUCAAACAUGAGCGAUACAGGGAAAUACUUCUCCCCACGCCUUUUGGACUAUUUGGUUAUUGCCGGAUGUCGUUUUCCAAAUGGUAAUAACCAGAUGUCACAGACACCCGAACUACUGCGGCGUUAUCCUCUUGAAGAUCACCGUGACUUUCCACUACCCAACGAUGUGAUAUUUUUUUGCCAGCCAGAGGGAUGCAUUAGUGUAGGCCCCAAACGCAUGAGCCUCCGCGAAACAACAUCUUUUGUCUUUACAUUGACUGAGAAAGACUCUGGGCUGGUUCGUUUUGGUAUUUGCAUAAAUUUUUACAGACCUUUUGAAAAAAGAGCUCACUCCUCUGAGGCAUGGCAAAAAGUAGAAAAAUCUAGCACUGGCUCAAAUCAUUCUGUUGAAACUCUAAGCUCGUCUGAAUGUGAUAGACCACGUUCCCCUAGCAGGGCUCGAAGGAAGACGCGGGUCAGAAAUAAUACUUUGACCUCCCUGUGUAUAGUGAGUCAUCAUCCAUUCUUCUCAACUUUUCGUGAGUGCCUCUUCAUUUUGAGACGUUUAAUAGAAGCAUGCCAUGAUCGCAGCUGUGUGAGAAGAGUGGGUGGAUCUAAAGCAACAGCAAGAGAUACUGUGUGGGGUGUACUUACUGGCCAAACCAGUGAGAAUAUAUCUUCCCUUGUAAUGCAUGAAGUUCGAGAAAUUGAAACUUGGAUUUUAAGGCUACUCAGUGCACCAGUUCCUGUUCCAGGGAAGACACGUGUUGAAGUCCAUGUAUUACCCAAAGAGCUGCAGCUUCCCCUAAUGUUUGCACUGCCAGACAACACCAGGUUUGGGCUGGUAGAUUUCCCCCUGCACCUCCCCCUUGAGUUGCUGGGAGUUGACACCUGUCUCAAGGUCCUGACUGCUAUCAUGCUGGAACACAAGGUGAUCUUACAAUCAAGGGACUACAACGCCCUGUCUAUGUCUGUGAUGGCUUUUGUAUCUAUGCUCUACCCUCUAGAAUAUAUGUUUCCUGUCAUUCCACUCCUACCUACAUGCAUGGCCUCAGCAGAACAGUUGCUGCUUGCCCCCACACCUUAUCUCAUUGGUGUCCCUGCCAGUUUCUUUGGUUACAAGAAAGAUUUUCCAUUGCCGGAUGAUAUUUGGCUGAUUGAUCUAGAUGGUAACAAGAUCAUUACACCACCUGGGGCAGAAGCCUUGCCACCUCUACCUGAACCUGAGGGAACAGCCCUGAAGACUCACUUGAAACAGUGUAUAACUGAUAAGGCUCUAGCUAGCAUGAGCAUGACUCCACAACCAAUCAAAAACCUCGAUGCUCUUGCACAGAAUCCAGAAAUCUGGCAACGUCGCGACAGUUUGACUACAGCGACUGGCUUCAAUCCUCUGAUUUACGGGAACGAUGUUGAUUCUGUGGAUGUAGCUACUCGUGUUGCCAUGGUGAGAUUUUUCAACUCCGCCAACACUCUUGGGAAUUUCACUGAGCACACCAGGACACUGCGCCUGUAUCCUCGGCCUGUGGUUGCCUUUCAGCUGUACAGUUUUCUCAAGUCUCGAGCUGAGAAAACAAUGUUUACAUCCAAGCUUGCUAGGACACAGGCUGUUGAAUAUCUAUCGGAGUGGUCGUUGUGCCCCACAAACCUUGUUUACCAGCGCGUGCAGACAGCGGUGUAUGACCCCAGCCUGAUUGGUGACAAGCCUAAGUGGUACGCCCAGCAGCUACAGCUGGUCGAGUUCCCCAUCUAUGACAACAGCUCCUCACUGGCCGCGGCACUGACGUCGGUGUCAGAGGAGCAGAGUGACGACAACCCAACAGAUGAAAGUGGCAGUGACAGUGAUGGGGCAGAGAGCACCAGCUCCUCCUACUCUUCUCUCAGUGACUUUGUCUCAGAUCUCUUCAACAGUGACAUCAGAGGGGAAACACCUUCGUUUGCUCCAGAGAUGCAAAUAUUUGCUGUGGAUGAGUCCAAAGUGUACACCCCACCCAGUAAACUGCAUCUGCCUGAAGCACCGUCCACUAACAGCGACUCAGCACUCUCUCUACAAGAAGACAGUGACAUGAGCUCCUCUGCCUCAUCCAGCCCAUCCUACAGCAAUGAUGGUGGGGACAGGCAGAUGGGGAGGGAGGAAAGUGUCUUUAGAUAUGAUUCUGGGAAUACUAUUGACACUCGGGCUCACUUAGGUUUUUCUCAGGAAGCCACCAGCCUCAGUCGACCACCAGCCAGCCCCAACUCCCCCAGAAGUCCACAGCUAGCCAGGACUGUCUCCAACACCUCUCAGUCCCCAAAGACUCCCCCUCCCAGACCUAAUAUCCCCCCAGGCUUCACACCUCGCAUGACACCUCCCAUGGUGAAGAAACCACUUCAGUUGAGUCCAGGCCUGAGGCCUCCACUGGGGAACUUUUCUGGUGGACCUUUGAGGAAGGGAAAGUCUGAAGGUGAAAAGACAUCGACCUCCUCUUUGAUCUCCACAAUAAGCAAUGAGCUCACAGACAUGGCUCACUCUGCCACCAGCACUGUCUCUGAGCUGUUUGGGAGCAACAAACAAGCAGCACAAGUUCCUCCCCAGCCUAAAGCUGUGCCACUCAAACCUUUCACACCCCUGGGGAACAGAAAGGCUCUGGUAGAGAAAUCAGGUCUAGUGAAACACGCCACCAACAGGAAACAGAAAGAAGCUCCCAAGUUGACACCUGUUGACACCAAGGCUAACUCUAACAGUGAAAACCAGCAGCUCUUGAAGGAAGUGAUUAAUGGUGUCUUGGAGGGCAAAGGUCUCAGCUGGCUGAAAAACAGUAAAAUCAACAAGUUGAUGGAAGAUGAAAACUACCGCAACUUUGUUGUUAGUCGUCUCAACCGUAACCUGGACCAGAAAGUUUCUGAAGAUGCCUUUCACAUAGAAGAUGUGUGUAUAAACAGUAAAGUGUUCAAGGGUAUGCUCUCCCUUCUCAAAGCAAUCAUACAUGGUCUAGGUCACACCAUCAACAACCACGGCCUUGGGGGCAUGGCCUCAGCUUACAUGGUGCUGGAGAUAGCUCACACACACUAUUGGGCCAGGGAUCCUUCCAAUAAAAGUGAUGCCAGCCUGACACCAGAGAGAAUGUCUCUACAUGGAAGCCAUGAGAGCCUUGACUCACCAAGCAGAAAGAUGUCGGAUGAAAUCAGCACAUCAAAGUGGUGGCAAGGCAAGCGGGGCUCAAACCCGCACCCCCCAAAUUCAGUGAACCCUCCUCCUCCACCACCCCACGCCACUAUUCCUGCAUCCUCUGUUAACCCUAAUGAACCCUUCACUUCUAGUCCUAGCACAGAGUCAGGUUCUCCUGUGAUUGUAAAUGGGGAUGAGUUUGAGAACAUAGAAAUCACGUCUGUAUCAGAUGAUGGAGGUAGUGGGGACAGUGCUGGCAGGGAGACUAAACCUAAAGAUAGGCCUGACCCAGGGGGUGGAGGGGACACCACUGGCUUCAUCACCUCCUCAGACUGGAAUAAAAAUGCUGCCCUCAAAAUGUCUGGCUUAAGUCGGGAGCAGCUUCAGAAACAGCAGCAACAGCAACCUCCAGCUGCACCUGUUUCCUGCGAUAUUGUUGUGACUGAUGUUGACCCUGAAAGUCGGUUUCACCAAGGUCAAGGUGAUAUGCUGAGAGAGAUGGUGAAAAAUAAGGAGCUGAUCAAGACCAGCAAGCUAGAUCGCAAGUUCAGCAGCUUAGACUCUGAGAUGUCCGAAGCAAGCACUCUUGUCAGUACCAGCUCUGAAAAAGAAGACUUUGAGAAAAGGCGUCAUCGCAUCAACCACCAGAGCAUUAGAUCAGCACUUUCAGACAGUGAGAUGGAGACAAAUUGGCCAGGAAACAUGCACCCUAGGCAUAGUCGAUCUUCCAGCAUUUGGAGCACAAAGAGUGCCUACAGCUCAGGGUACAGGUUCCGCGAGGGCAAGCUGGUGCACAUUGGGACUGCUGGUCUGACUGCUGAGAACGCCCAUGCCAGGACGUACCUGUUUGAGGAGCUGGUGGGGAAGGACCGGUCCCGAGUCUGGGAUCACAUGCAGUUCUGGGAGGACAUGUUCCUGGACGCUGUGGCUCAAGAGAGGGACAUCAUUGGGAUGGACCAGCGGCCCUCGGAGAUGAUGGAGAGGUACAACUCCCUUGGUGAUGCAGAAAAGAAGCGCCUGGAGUAUGAUGAAGAUAGGCUGCUGGCUGUCAUGUUGUUCAACCAGGCUGCUUUCAUGCUGAUGAUGAGGGUACCAAAGAAUGAAAUUAAGAAAAAAAUCAGGCGCCUUUUGGGCAAAUCUCACAUUGGUCUUGUACAGAGUCAAGACAUCAACAACCUUUUAGACAACAUUCAGCAUCUGUAUGGCAAUGAUAUUGAUCUGAAACCCAUGUGCAGCAGGAGGAUGCAGAAACAAUCUUUCACAGUCCAUUGGGGUACAGACAACACUGGAGACAUGCUCUUUAUGGAGGUUUGUGAUGACUGCCUCCUCUUACGGAGUGUGACUGGGGCCAUCCAUGACCGCUGGUGGUUUGAGAAGCUGGUCAACAUGACCUUCUGCCCCAAAACCAAGGUGCUCUGUUUGUGGAGGAAAAACCAGGACAAGGUCCAGCUCAACCAGUUCUACACAAAAAAAUGCCGAGAACUCUACUUCUCUGUUAAAGAAUCAAUGGAGAAAGCAGCCAGUAGAAACGCAGCACGUCUUCCAGGUUUGCGUCCAGAACUUGGAGGAGAGUUUCCUGUCCAAGAUCUCAAGACAAAGGAAGGGGGACUGUUACAAGUAUGUAUGGAAGGGAUAGGUCUUCUCCUUCAGAAUAGCAAGUUGUUUAUUGAGCUAGCAAGGAUCCGGAAAUGUUUCACACAGAAAGGUGGAAUAUUUGUUCUAGAAGAGUUUGAUCCCAAAACCAAGCAAAUAAUUUAUCACAAAUUCAAAUCCAGUAUGGCUUCAGCUAUCACAAAUAUGUUUCACCGCAUUAUAAGUGUACAUAUGGCAUCUCCAAUGGAAAAUAUCAAGAGCUGACCAGAUAUGCUAUGCAGUCCUUUGUUUAUUUUCCUAUAUAGCUGCAGGGAUGGAGCAAAGAAAGCAAUCCUGACCUGCUCCAAACAUAGAGAGGGACAUUUUUUUAUAAGGGGGUCAUUGAGGAGGAGGGGAAAACAGCUUUAAAAAUCUACUUUGACAGAUUAGCUGUAAACUUAAAAACUCUAGUCAGCUUUAAAAAUUAUUUUAUUUUCCUUUGCAGUUCUUCCAAUGACUGUCAUGUAAAAAUUUACACUAAGUAAACAAUGAUUGGUUAAAAAUUUUAAAAAUAAAAACAAGUUAUCAUGUUGUUAACACAGCAUGGAUUAAAUGGUGCUAAAUGUUGUACACAUUUUAAUGCAUUGCUCUCUGCUUUAUUUACCUUAAAGCAUUUUCAUAUUUUUUAAUCUUAUUGUCUAAGUAGAGCUUUUUAAUAAAGUCCAAAAUAAUCAGAAAUAUUAUAUGGAGUUUUGUAAUUUUAGCAUUAGUUUAAAAAAAUUAACCCUAGUUUUUUAAAACACUGCCCACUCAACGUUUUUUUUUAUAAAAUAUACAUACUUGUCACUUUAGUACUGAGACCUCCAGCUUUGGCAGCAGUGCAGGUUUGCAUUAGUAAGGCAUUUAGUUUGUAAGUAGCAUCAUACAUGUUGGAGUGGAUGAGUGCAUUUAGAUUUUUGUUCCAAUAUUUCUGUGCUGAUAUACAAAUUUUAACAGCAUUAUUUUUUUUAUUGCUGUAGCAUUUAAAGUGAUAUUGAAAUUAUUUUUAAAAGUUUGAAAUUUUGUGGACAAUAUUUCUUAUACCUGUCAACAGUGUGACUGCUAUUAAAUCCUAUUUUUUUACCAGCUG